AUGGCUGCCGACAACGAACACUCCGAGGCUGCGGACGACGCAAAGAAGCUUGCGAGCUACAAUGACACAGUUUUUGGUGGAUCGUUUUCUAACCAGAACAUGCACCACACCUCGAGAGAGCACAUGAGUCGUCUACAGAGCGUGAUCCUGAAGUCAACCGUCGUCGGGGGGCUCUACGGGGCCUUGAUUUCCAUCCCCUCCGAGUUGUUCAUCCGCUGGCGCUUCCCGCUCUACAGAGCGUUCGGCUUCCGCAUAAGAGUCUUCUACCACACUAUCUGGAUCGCCUCGGCAGCAGCGUUCCAUACCGAGCGAGAAGUCAUCCGUUUUGAAAACAUCAUCCGACAGGAAGAGGAGGAGAAAAGAAGACAGCUGCUAGAGCUCAGCAUCCUGCAAGGCGUGUACACCCCCGAAUCAGAGGGGUACAAGUCGAAAAAGGCAUAG